UCUUUCUCCGUUCAAUAUAUCAACAAAGAGAAGAUCGGAGCAACAUCGCCGGCAACAAUGGCGGCGGCGUCAAGCAGCGGCCUGACCUUCAAGCUUCACCCACUGGUAAUCCUCAACAUAUCCGAUCAUUAUACUCGAGUAAAGUCGCAGAUGAAUCCUCCAAUCUCAUCCGGCAACACCGCCAACAGUAUCAACGGCGGCGACCAGAAACAGCAUCAAUCACCGCCUAGAGUGUUCGGAUGCGUAAUCGGGGUGCAGAGAGGUCGUACUGUUGAGAUCUUCAACAGCUUCGAGCUUCUUUACGAUCCUUCCACUCACUCACUCGACCGUUCUUUUCUUCUGAAAAAGCAAGAGCUCUAUAGGAAGGUUUUCCCCCAGUUUUAUAUACUCGGAUGGUACUCUAUUGGGAGUGAUGCUCAGGAAUCCGAUAUGCACAUCCACAAAGCUUUGAUGGAUAUUAAUGAAAGCCCCGUCUAUGUUCUGCUCAAUCCUUCAAUCAAUCAUGCCCAAAAGGAUCUUCCCAUUAACAUCUAUGAGAGUGAGCUGCAUGUCAUAGAUGGGAUUCCACAGCUUAUUUUUGUCUGCUCAAGCUACACAAUUGAGACAGUUGAAGCAGAAAGGAUUUCAGUUGAUCAUGUUGCACAUCUUAAGCCGUCGGAUGGAGGCUCAGCAGCAACACAAUUGGCUGCCCAUCUCACUGGAAUUCAUAGUGCAAUCAAGAUGCUGCAUAGCAGAAUCAAGGUGCUUCACCAAUAUCUUGUGGCAAUGCAAAAUGGUGAUAUUCCUUUUGAGAACUCACUGUUAAGGCAAGUGUCAAGUCUUGCUAGAAGGUUGCCUGCCAUUGAAUCAGAAAAAUUUCAAGAUGAUUUCUUGAUGGAGUACAAUGACACAUUGUUGAUUACUUACCUUGCCAUGAUCACUAAUUGCUCAAGUGCAAUGAACGAGCUUGUUGAUAAAUUCAACACAGCAUAUGACAGGAAUAGCCGGAGGGGUGGACGGACCGCUUUUAUCUGAGCGCCGGUAGGUCUUUCCAUGGCGGUCUAACAGAAUAAUAUUACUGUGUGUCGCUGUCAUUUGUUUUGUGCAUAGCACGAAGAGGCUUAGGAAUAGGAAUAUGUUAUGCUGCCGGCUCCUCAAAAUGAUAUAUAGGCGGGACCUCAGAAUGAUUGAGAAAUAGAUAUCCACGAUAUUAAGGUAAAAUAUGUAAAUUAUUUCUUAAAAUUGUUGCUUGUAAAACAAAUUAUCACUAAAAUAAAUAUUAAUGUAAUUU